AUGACUUUAGAAGAUCCUUUUUACGUCGUCAAAGAUGAGGUGUUCAAGGCAUUGAACAAAACUCGUGGCUUGUAUUUACGGUGGCAGGAAAUAUCAAACUCUCCAACAAUUCCUAAUAGCCCAGAAGUAGAAUGGACCUCUACAGAAUUAAGGAAUGCACUCCCAAGCAUUGUUGAGAAGAAUUCUUCCAAGUUUAAGAUCGACAAUAAAGAAAUUUGCGAUAGAAGAACUUUCAUUGAAGCGACUAAACAAGAAGUUAAGGUAAUGAAAGGCAAGAUGAGUAUGAAUAGAAAUCGCGAUAAUGAUGGAACGGCACGCGAGCCUCUUCUCGGUGAAGAAAGUCCUAUGCAUUUCGGUAAUUCAUGGACAUCCACACCGAAGUAUUCUAAGUAUUCUAAGUUGGCGAAUCAGACGGACAGUCCUAACAGAUUUGACAUGUAUGACAACGAUAUCAUGUCGAUGCAAGAGAAAAUGUUGAUGAAUCAGGACGAUCAGUUGCAUGUGAUCAGUAAUUCUGUGGGCUCACUGAAAACAGUUUCGAAACAAAUCGGCAUUGAACUUGACGAGCAAGCUGUGAUGCUGGAUGACUUGAAUACAGAACUGGAAAAUGCAGAUUCUAAGUUGGAUUCGACGAUAAAGAAAGUUGCAAAAGUCCUUCACAUGAAUAAUGAUCGACGACAGUGGCUUGCCAUUGGAAUACUACUGGGGUUCAAUAUGUUAACACUGGCUAGCCCAGGAACUGACGUUAGAUUAUUAGAUUCUAAGGAAUGCAUGACACGGCAGAAGCCAAUGACGCCAACGAUGGACACUGGUGAUUUCUCGUCGAAAAACAUUCAGAAGAAGAAACUAGACCAAGACGAAGAACUUAACGAGGAAGAGGAACUAGACGAAGAAUUGCUCGAUGAUGAAUCUGAAGAAGAAGAAGAGUCUGGUCGUCGGCAGUUUGCAGUGGAUGGUUUUAAUGGAAAGUAA